GAUUGCGACCCUUGGUGUUUUCUCUCUCUCUAAAGUACAAGUCGUUUUGGCGCGACUUCGCUGCUCUCCGCUUGCAGCCUAUAUGGUUCAAGGCAAGCAGCUAGCUGUCGCAGCUCAUUGACGUGCAACAAGGUCCUUGCGUAACGUCUAAUCUGAUGUGAACCAUGCCCCAGGCACAAGUAAACCAGUUCGGCGCUGUGGACUAUGUCGUCUUCGGUAGUACUCUCGUGGUCUCGGCGGGCAUUGGCAUUUUCUCAGCGCUGACGGGAGGCCACCAAAGAACGACAUCAGAAUUUUUAAUGGCAGACAGAAAGAUGGGUCCCAUUCCAGCAGCCUUGUCGUUAUUGGCCAGCUUCAUCUCGGCCAUAACUUUGCUAGGGACGCCUAAAGAAAUCUACGUGUAUGGUACAGAGUAUCUGUGGAUGGCGCUCAGUUACUUUCCGGCUAUUGCUGUUGCAGCGCAUGUGUAUCUUCCUAUCUUCUUUCGGCUCCAGGUGACCAGCGCACAUGAGAUCCUGUACUUACCCAUCGUGUUGUAUGCGCCUUCCUUAGCAUUAGAACAAGUAACCGGAUUAAACAAAUGGAUCGCCGUUGCCACUGUGGGAGUUGUCUGCAUUUUCUACACAAGCAUAGGUGGCAUCAAAGCCGUGAUGUGGACCGACACCUUCCAAAUAGGUGUUAUGUUCGCCGGUCUGCUGGCAGUGCUGAUCCAGGGGUCUCUUACCCUGGGAGGAUAUGAAAACGCCUGGAUAGCCAGCCUCGGGACGAACAGAGUUAACUUCCUGGAUUUCGACCCCGAUCCCCGAGAGCGCCACACAUUUUGGACCUGUAUAUUCGGCGGGUUCUUCACCUGGCUCACUGUCUACGCCUGUAACCAAGCUCAGAUCCAGAGAGCACUCACAGUGACCGACCUCAGGGGGGCACAGAUUGCAUACUGGGUCAACGCGCCUGGUCUAGCCAGCAUCAUCAUUCUUAGUGCUAUGUCUGGGAUACUCAUCUUCGCACACUACUUUGAUUGUGAUCCUAUGAACAACGGGGACAUUAAUGAACUAGAUCAGCUUCUGCCUCUGUUUGUAAUGGACAAGUUUGCCAAAAUACCUGGUCUACCUGGCCUGUUCACGGCCUGUCUGUUUAGUGGGGCGCUCAGUACAAUAUCGACUGGACUGAACAGCCUGGCAACUGUUUUCACGGUAGAUAUAUUUGAGCAGUUUUGCUGUAAAAAGAUUCCAGACAGCAAAGCCACUAUUGUAUCUAAAGUUCUCUCGGUAACCUUUGGCUGUAUCAUGAUCGGCAUGACCUAUAUAGCGUCACUUCUUGGAGGCGUUUUGCAGGCCUUCAUUGCUUUGUUCGGCAUGGUUGGAGGGCCUCAACUCGGACUCUUCUCUCUUGGAAUAUUUUUCCCCUGGGCAAACUGGAAGGGCGCCAUAUCCGGCCUCAUCUCUGGUCUGUUGCUGACGUUCUGGAUCGGUGUUGGCGCCCAAGUCUACAAACCAAUUCUUUGGACAGCCCCAGUGUCCACUGCUGGCUGUAUUGCCGCCAAUGCGACCAACUUGACCUUGACCGACAAUUUCACAGACAUAAUGGCCAAUUUGUCCACUACACCAGUCACACAAUUAGAGUACGCGCCGCCACUAGGAGGUUGGUAUGAUAUAUCCUACUUAUGGUACGCAGGAUUUGCCGUGCUGGUGGUUCUUGUUGUCGGGUUAACGGUCAGCGCAGUUACAGGUUUCACGGAUCCAAAGACCUUGGAUCAUCACUUGAUCUCUCCCAUAUUUGACGUGAUGUGUUGCUGCUGUCCACUGGCAUGUCGUGAAUGUCUUCGCUGCGGGCUUCCGCAUGAUCCGGCGCAGUUCCAUUACUUCUGUGUGUGCAAGAACGUGGAGAAGGCAGACACUCAGGACGGAGUUGUCACUACAGAAAUAUAGGAUCUUUAUUUCACAAAUAAAUCGAAAUUGUUUGGCGAAAGCUUAGACUGAUAGCUGACGAUACUGUAUAAAGUCUAUAAAGGAGACUUAGUCACAUUGGUAUAAGGGCGGGAACACUGCUUAAUGUUACUUUUCUUACGAUAGUUGGCUAAAUUACGAUGGUGAGCAGCAGUAUGCGUCACAAAAGUAAUAAAAUGUAACCCGAAAGUUUAUUUUAACCUUUAUACCGAAAUUUUGAUCUAUUUUGACUUCAAGAUAUAUUGGUAGUAGACCAAUAAAGUGAAAUAUUGUUAAUAUUUCAGAUCACUAUUUACCACUGCAGUGAAUCUUUGUAAGCUGAGGUAGACAAAAUUUUGGGUCUUAGACUGCAUUCCCACAGAUUUAGAUCGAUCCAUCUGGAUCGACCUAACUCCCUGGGGGUUCACGCUAAA